GUAGGUCGUCUGUUUGUCCCUAGAAUCAACGAAUUGAAGGAAUUUGCUAGUGCUGACAGCAAGACCGUGUUGAUCAUUGUUACUGCACUGGUCGUCUACUCUAGACGUACGAUUUUGUUGCAACAUCUACUUCCGGUCUUCAUUUCCGUUUCACCAUGUCGGAUGAAUAUGAGCGAUACGUUACUCGCAACAUCGUGGAACUUGUUGAAAAGUUGCGUCCGUCGUUGCUAUUAGAACAUUCAGUCGCCAGUAAUCUUGUGACUAUGCAAGAAGCUCGCAAACUGAGAAAAUGUUCUACAGAGCAAGACAGCGCGCGAUUGCUGCUCUACGAUAUCCUGCCAUACAAAGAAAACGCUGUUCAUAGAUUUUGCGAGGUACUCAGAGAAGCAGGUCAGUUGCAUAUCGCUAGAGACGUUAUGAAGAGAGGAGGCGUGGUUUGUGCAGAUGAGCCUGCAAGUACGAUCGUGGCUGCAGGACAGCAGCACAUAAUAAGAGAAGUUAUGGGUAAAGAAGAUGUAGUGGAGAGUGCAAAGUGUAGCAUCAAAGUUGGUGUGAGUGGUCAGAAAGCGUCGAGUCAACGAUUUGUGUCAUCACCAUGCCGACCAUCUGGUACUCGAUGUGAGAGUGAGAGGAAAGAGGGAACUGCAGCACGUGACUUAGAAGUUGUGAAAACUGCAGUGUGUAGUAGGAAAGUCAAUGCAAGCGUAUGUCGAUCGUUGGAAGAAGAAAGUGUGAGGUCAACAGAUUUGAGUUGUCGUGACGACUGCACAGAGUCUGCAGCACUUGAUGUGUGUGAGGAGAGGAAGACUGAGUCACUUGCAGAACAAGUAGAAAGUGAAAAUGAAGAAGAAACGUUAUCAUGUCUAGAUGCAGAAGUGACAACAUCACGUGAUCCAGAUAAUGUGGAGCACACUAAACCAGAUGUCUCACCCAUUGCUUCAGCUGCAUGUGCACAUUCUGAGUUACAGUCUACAACACAGGAAGAUGAGAAAAUCACGUCUCAAUCAACUUUAGUGGAAAUGAAAGGUGGAGACACACAAACAGACACUGAGAGUGUGGCACACUCAUUAGUGAUGUGUGAGCAUGCAUGGGUCUCACUCAUGUCUCGUGUUGAGCCGUGGUCAGCUAUUCGAAUGAAUUACUCUUUCCUGUCUCGAUGCCUUUGUUUUAGCACUGAAUUUCUGGGCUGUCUGUAUGAACGAUUUCUCAUAUCCAAAGACGACUUCAAUGCUCUAAAGAACAACCGUCUCACUCACGAAGGAAAAGUACAUCUACUUGUCAUUGAUAUUCUUCCCACUAAACCGAUUGAGAUGUUUCCCACAUUCUGCAAAAUUCUUUGUGUUGUCGGUCAGUCACAUGUUGCUGACAAGCUGAAAGAGGAUCCUCUGAAAGUUUCUCUCUUUGCACAAGGGACAACAAGAUCACAAGAAACUGUGAGUCUUCAAAGACAAGUGGAGCUGCUGCUUGUUCAAAUGGAUAGAGAAAGAAGAGAAGCAGUUAAACAUGCAGAGGAGAUCACAAAAUGUGAAAGACAACGAGCCGACGCUGCAGAGGCACGAGCAUUUGCUGCCGAAUUACAAGCUGAGCACGAAAGGACUCGAGCUGAUAAUGAAAAGGCUCGAGCUGAUGCUGCAGAAGCACAAGUUCAAGUGUUAUCUAAGGAAACACAGAAGGCAUGGCAUGUUAAAGGAGAACAGAUGGGAAUUCAGUGGACAAAUUUGGCACUUCAAUACCAGAAUUCACAAUAUUCAUCAUUGGGCAGGAGGUUGAAAGCAGUGUUGUCACGUAUACUUCACUGGAACAAUUCAAAUGAAGAUGGAGAAGAAAAUGCUCCAUUUGUGUCUGCUAACAGACGAAUCAAUGACAGUCUGCCAUCAUGGACACAGUGGAAUGUACACAUGCCUCAUGGCAGUUGGUUGCCAUAUAAUAGAAUGGGAGAGAUUGAAGGCAGACUAGUGGUAGGAGGUCGUGAUGGUAAUCUGCAUGUUCUCACUUAUGAACAUGAUAAGUGGGACAAGUUUGUCAGAAAGAAUGGUGACAUCAGGAAUGUAGUGUGUCAUCAAGGUGUGUGUCUGGUGUAUGUAAAGGAUGAAGAUAAAGAUCAGUUUGUGAUUGAACAAUUUUAUUUGAAUGAAGACAAGAAAUGGCGUUUCCUCACAGUUCUACCAAACGAACUGCAGUUGUAUUAUGUAUCUGUUGCUCUUCAUGACAACUCACUGUAUGUGGUGGGUGGUGAGACUAAGUCAGGGGAGAAAGUGAACACAGCACGUGUGUGUGACCUUCACAGCGGCCAUUGGUAUAAGAUGGAUGACAUGCAAACAAAACGUAGUGCCUGUUCUUCUGUUAUUAUAAACAACACAGUGUUUGUAGGGGGAGGAGAGACUGGAGGUUAUGUUGAGUGUGCAGAUGUUCGUGAUAGAAAAUGGAGAACAAUCCCCUCUACAACCACAUAUAGACAUACACUAGCGUCAGUCAGUAACAGACUUGUGGUGACUGGAGGAACGGCACAACUCCUUUAUUCUGCUCCUUCUAAUAUUGUAGAAUUAUAUGAUGAGAGAUCUACCAAAUGGCUUCCUCUUCCACUCAUGACACACAAACGGUGGUUCCAUGCUGCAUUCUCAACUCAGAACGGAGAGCUCAUCACAGCAGGAGGGAUUGGUGGUGAACAUUCAAUAGAAAGUCUUGAGUGUGACUAAUAUUUGCAUUUUCUUUCAAUUUGUGUGUAUUUGUUAUAUUAUAAUCUCUAGUGAUUGUAUAAAUGACAAUUUAUUGUACCAUUUAGUGUGUGUAACAUAAAGUAGAUCCUGAACGUUGUUUUCUUAAUUAGUAGUCACGUGAUUUGCAUUUUGAACGAGCAGUCGUGAAGUGGAAAAAGGAAUGCAAGCGUUUGAACAUCCGGGAGAGUUUGUGGUUAAUUUCUAGCUUUAAAUGUUUGUUCGUGUUCGUUGCUCUUUGGACAAGCGUAACAGUAAAUCUGGUUUCAUAACGGAAAUCAGUGAGAAGGUUAUCGAUGCCAUUGGCGAGGUCGGACUUGCGAGAUUGAUAAACGUGGUUCGUAGCUUUGAUAUUCCUGUUGAGAGUGGAGAAAACGACGAAUUGAAGUGAAAGUUGUCAGACUAAUUUUGAGUCUGUGAUUUGAUAUCAUCAAGAGUUGGAGUUUGGCCAUUGCAAAGUGGUCGUUGACUAUUGCACGUGGAGAAGGCUUGAAGUCGUCAGGCUGUGGAGCAUCAAUGAGAUCCUCAUUUCCUUAUGGAUCUGGUAGGUGUGACGUUGGCGUGUGGACUAGAGAAAUGGGCGUGUCAGUAGCUGUUGAAUGUCAUUCGACUGACGACUGUCAAUGGCACCGAGUUCUUACUGCAAGCUCCAGACACUGAGACUGGAGAUAGUUGGGCUGAGGUGAUCGGCGAUACGAUAUGACAGCUGGAGCAAGACGAAACGAUUGCGAAUCCAAUGGUUGCUGAAUGUGACAUUCGUUCAACUGCCAGGCCAUUGCUUGAUGCUCAUAAUAGG